AUGUCUGAUACUAAAUUAGUUGAUGAAAACUCUUUAAUUGGAAUAGCAGCUUCAUUUUGGUAAUAAUAUUCAGCGAAGACUCCUUAAAAAUUGAAAAUAAUGGAUGCCUUUUCUUUGUAUUGCUUUAUAUUAGUCAUAAUUCAAUUAUUUUAUUGUGCAUUGGUAGGUGAUUUUCCUAGAAAUUCAUUUCUAUCAGGGAUAUUUGCAUCAGCAGGAGCUAUGAUAAUUAAUAUUUGUUUAAGAAAAUAACUAAAUCCUGAAACUAGAUACAUGGAAAUUUCGAAUGAGAGAGCCUUUUGGGAAUAUUUGGCAGCUAUGGUUGUGCUGUUUUUGACUGUGAUAAACUUCUUGGGUUGA